GCGGGUUAGAUGUGUAAUUUACACCUUCUGGGUGAUCUCCUUACCUCCCUUUCUCUCUCUCUCUAUCUCUCUCCUCUUGAGAGGUCUCAGAGCCAUUAUCAAUGGCGGUUUUGAAACCCUAGCAACUUUGCUCUCCGUGCUUUAUCGCUUGGUCACAAGGCAUCACUUUAGCUAAUGUCGUGUAUCUUUUUCUCUCGAAUCUGCACAAGGAAUUUAUUGUUCCUUCAUUGAUUUUGAUUUUGUUCAAUGUUUUGCAGGACUUCUUCGUCCCUAGGUUUGAAUGCCUCUCCAAGGCAAUAUUUCAGUUAGACAGUUUUGAAACCCUAGAUAUUGCUCUGAACAGUGUCUGGAUUUAGGUUUCGGGUUUUCUUUUGUGUCGAUACUUCAAUGGAACCUCCGGUAGUUAGAUCGAGGGGUAGACCAAGGAAAAGGAGGAACAAUGAACUUGAGGAUGGUACGGAUGAAGCGAAAUCGGCUCUGGAAUCGUGCAAGCGGACCCUCGUGUCGCGCCCCGUGGCUUUACUGGGACGAUAUCUGCUGAAAGAGUUCAAGGGCAGUGGAAAGUAUCUUGGAAAAGUUGUGUAUUACGAGGAAGGACUAUACAGAGUAGUUUACGAGGAUGGCGAUAAUGAGGAUUUAGAGAGUAGGGAAAUUCGGGGGUUGUUAAUUGACGAUCCUUAUCUUGACGAUGGUUUGAAUAAGAGAAAGAAGCGUUUGGAUGAGUUAGCAGUUAGGUUUAGUGCGAAGAAUACAAAUGUGACGGGAAAGAACACGACAGACAUCACUGAAAAAGUGGAUCCGGUUGAAGCAUCUGUAACCAGUAAGUUAAGCAGUGAGCAUAUAAUUGAAAAUGACGAUGGAGAAGUAGAAGUUGAUGUUGAUUCUUCCAGUGAUUCAUCUGAAUCUGUUCUGGACCGGGAUUUUGAAUUUGAAGAUGAAAGUCUACUUAUCCCUCCUCCACAGCUUCCACCAUCUUCUGGAACCAUUGGGAUCCAAGAGCAGCACGUUUCACAUCUUUUAUCUGUGUAUGGUUUUCUGCGAUCAUUUAGUUUCCGCCUAUAUCUGUUUCCAUUUAGUUUGGAUGACUUUGUGGGAUCACUUAAUUGUGGUGUACCGAACACAUUAUUGGACUCUAUUCAUGUUGCUUUGAUGUGUGCCUUACGCGGGCAUCUUGAAAUUCUUUCUUCAGAUGGCCUAGAAAUUGCAACAAAAUGCUUGAGGCACUUCAACUGGAGCUUGCUAGAUUCACUUACUUGGCCGGUUUAUUUGGUCCAGUAUUUAACUGUUAUGGGAUGUGCAAAGGGGCUGGAAUGGAAUGGAUUUUACAAACAUGCUUUAAGUAAUGAGUAUUACUCCAUUCCUGCUGGUCGAAAGCUUAUGGUUCUACAAAUUCUUUGUGAUGAAGUAUUAAAAUCUGGAGAGCUUAGAGCAGAAAUUGACGUGCGUGAAAUAUCUGAAGUUGGAUUGGAGUAUGAUGCUGGAGCAACGUGUCUGUCUGAAAAUGGACCUAGAAGGGUGCAUCCCAGAUACCCCAAAACUUCAGCUUGCAAGGAUGGGGAAGCUAUAGUAGAGGAUCAUGGGAUGAAGUCUUAUACAGACCAGAAUUUUUUGGGUACAAAAUGUGGUACUAACGGUGACCUGGAUGCCUCUGUUGUUGAUGCAAAUAGAAACAGCGAUGAGUGUCGACUCUGUGGGAUGGACGGGAGUUUGCUUUGUUGUGAUGGGUGCCCAUCAGCUUACCAUUUGAGAUGCAUAGGCAUGAUGAAGAUACUUAUACCCCAAGGACCAUGGUAUUGUCCCGAAUGCAGUAUACAUAAGACAGAGCCAGCUAUAACAAAGGGAUCAUUACUCAGAGGAGCAGAAAUUUUUGGCAUUGAUCCACAUGAGCACAUUUUCUUGGGUAGUUGCAACCACUUGGUGGUGCUCAAGACUUCGAUCAGCUCUGAACCAUGUGUCAAAUAUUAUAAUCAAAAUGAUAUUCUGAAUGUACUUCAUGUUCUUUGUUCAUCCUCUCAAUAUAUUGCUAUAUAUUAUGGCAUCUGUAAGGCCAUUAUGCAAUACUGGAACAUCCCAGAAAAUCUCCUAGUUCUUCCUGAAACUAGUGGAAUGGAUAUACUUCCUGUAAAUUUGAGGAAAGACACCAACUUCUAUGCUCAAUCACUUCCAGUUGGUGAGGAAGAACAUAAGGAGAAGCAUGAUGUGGUUAAGGAUAGAAAAGACUUAGCUACUUGCAAAAUUGAAGAUGACAAUAAGGUGGUUUCAUACUUGGGUACCUUGCAUGGGGAAACUUCACGGGACCCGCCUGCUCAUCAAGUUAAUGGUUUUGUUGUCGACUCUCUUGCUUCUAAUUGUUCAAUUAGCAGGCUAGAGAAUCCAACUGACUUAGCUUGCUCAGAUAUGGUUGAUAUUUCCAGUACAACAGAUCUUUCAAGGACUUCAGGGAACAAAAAUUUUAGCCAUACUGGGAAUGGCAAUGCCUCUAUUUCAUUGAAUUUGUCUCGUCAAAAUCAAAAUGGUAGUCUUUUGGGUGGAAGAAAUGUGAAGGAUGAUAUCAAGUCAACUAUUCGUUGUGCUUACAUGGGAUCCCAAUAUAAGCCUCAGGGAUAUGUAAAUCACUAUGUGCAUGGCGAAUUUGCUGCAUCAGCUGCUCAUAAACUGGAUGUUUUGUCAUCAGAAGAAACUCGGGUUUCGGGAACACAUGCAUCUGAUAAUAAGAGAAGUAGUUCCACUUCUGCAUAUGCUUUAUUACAAGCAAAGGCAUUUUCACUAUCAGCCUCACGCUUCUUCUGGCCAACAUUUGACAAGAAGCUCAUGGAGGUACCAAGGGAGAGGUGUGGUUGGUGUCUGUCAUGUAGAGCUGCUGUGUUAAGCAAGAAAGGAUGUUUGUUGAAUCAUGCUGCACUGACUGCUACCAGAGGUGCUAUGAAAAUCCUUUCAAGCCUUCGUCUUGGGAAGAACGGAGAAGGCAAUCUAUCUUGCAUAGCAGUGUACAUUCUGUAUAUGGAGGAGAGUUUAAGGGGUCUUGUUGGUGGUACAUUCUUGAAUGCGAGCUAUAGAAAACAAUGGCGUCAUCAAUUAGAAUCAGCUUUGAGUUGCAGUUUAAUAAAAUUUCUCUUGCUUGAACUUGAAGAAAACAUUCGCUCUAUUGCUCUUUCAAGUAACUGGUUUAAGCUGGUAGAUGAUUGGUUUUUAGAAACCUCAAUGAUUCAAAAUGCUCCCGGUGCUUUUGGUACAACAGUUCAGAAACGUGGACCUGGGAGGAGAAGGAAGCAGUCUGUAUCUGAAGAUCCUUCUCAUGAACGAUCUGAUGCCAAUUUUUUAUGGUUUCGAGGAGGGAUUUCGAAACUUGUAUUCCAGAGAGCAGCAUUGCCUCGAUGUAUUGUUGCUAAAGCAGCUCGCCAAGGUGGCUUAAGGAAGAUUUCUGGUAUACACUACACUGAUGGUUCUGAGAUUCCAAGAAGGAGCAGACAGCUUGUGUGGAGAGCUGCUGUUGAAGCAAGUAAGAACGUAUCACAGCUUGCCCUUCAGUUGAGGAACUUGGACUUUCAUUUGAGAUGGAGUGAUCUUGUUCGUCCAGAACAAACCCUUCAGGAUAUGAAAGGUCAAGAGACUGAAGCUUCCAUUUUUCGAAAUGCAAGAAUAAGUGAUAAGAAAGUUGUGGAAAAUAAAAUUGCAUAUGGAGUUGCCUUUGGGAGCCAGAAACAUCUUCCUUCCCGUGUUAUGAAGAAUGCCAUUGAAAUAGAACAGAAGCAAGAUGGAAGUGUUGCAUAUUGGUUUUUGGAAAAUUGCAUCCCAUUAUAUCUGGUCAAAGAGUACGAAGAAGGUUCUAUUCAAGUUAAUUUUUCAUCACCCAAGGUAUACCAAAACCUUAUGUACCAAUCUCGAAGAAGACGGUUGAAAUCCUACCAGAGAGAGAUAUUUUUCUACCUCACAUGUAGAAGAGACAACAUGGGCUUGUUAUCAUGUUCUUCGUGUCGAAUGGAAGUGCUUAUCAGGAAUGCGGUAAAGUGCAGUUCUUGCCAAGGCUAUUGUCACGUUAACUGUACUGUGAGAUUAACCAUUUCUGGUACCGAGGAUGUUGCAUGUCCAAUCACAUGCAAGCAGUGUUGCCAUCUCAAAGCUCUUAAUCGCAGUGGAAACAGUACCGAAUCACCAACCAGUCCAUUACCUUCGCAAGGUAAAGAACACCGAAGUUCGUCAACUUUACGUAAGGGUGCAAGGCCUAAAGACUCCAAUCAGCCGUCAGCUACUACUGUAAACAAGUUGGAACCUCGAUCUGAGAAAAAACAAGCAACUCCUUUAAAUAAGCUGGACAAUCAAUCUGAGAAGAAACAAGUUACUCCCACAUCUAGUGCAGCUCCAAAGAGCAAGAGGAGGAAUUGUUCCUGGGGUAUUAUAUGGAAGAAGAAGAAUUGUGAAGAUACAGGUGCUAAUUUCAGGCACAAUUAUCUUCUUUUAAAGGGCGGCCGAGAAUUACAUCAUAUGGAACCCGUAUGCCAUUUAUGUAGUAAGCCAUACAGGUCCGAUUUAAUGUACAUCUGCUGUGAGACUUGCAAAAAUUGGUACCAUGCUGAAGCUGUUGCUCUUGAGGAAUCAAAAAUAUUUGAUGUGGUGGGCUACAAGUGUUGUAGAUGUCGUAGGAUUAAAUCGCCUGAAUGUCCUUACAUGGAUCCCAAACCCGAGAAACAAGAUGGGGGGAAGAAAACACGUCCGAAGUCAUCAAAGCAAGAAAAUUCAGGGGUGGAAUGUGAUGAUUUGACCAUUUCUGAUUCUAAGAAGCUUGAGACAAGUAGUUCUUUGUUGCCCAAGGAAGAAGUAAAUCCUUUCAUUUUCUCUCUUUCAAGAGUUGAGCUAAUUGCAGAGCCCAAUUCUGGAUUAGAUGAUGACUGGAACGCAGCAGCAGGUGGACAAGCAGCACCACAGAAGCUACCCGUCAGAAGGCAGACAAAACAGGAAGAUGAUGAAGAUGGGUUUUCCGAGAAUUAUCUGCCGCAUUCUCAAUCAUCCAUCCCCAUCCAGCAUGAAACAGAUACACUCUUACAGCCAGUAGAGAAAUCUUCAUUUUCAGAAUGGGACAAUUCUGGUCUAGGUUUCGAGGAGGGGGUUGCAUUCGACUUUGACAGUUUUAAUUACGACGACAUGGAUUUUGGACCUCAGACCUACUUCUCUUUUACCGAAUUACUAGCGCCUGAUGAUGCCUCCGGAGAUGUGGACGAUUCCUUUCCAAUUGUAGAUAGUGAUAUUCCCAAUCAAGGCUUCAGUGAGCAACUAGAUCCUGCUGUUGUGAACUGUCAAAUCUGUGCAAAUUUGGAGCCUGUCCCCGAUCUCGUUUGCCAAGUAUGUGGACUACAAAUACACAGUCAUUGUUCGCCCUGGGAUGAUGCGGUGUCUACAGAGGAGAAGUGGUCUUGUGGCCGAUGCCGGGAGUGGCAGUAAAAUUGCAGUAUUGAUCAUCUUCGGAGGUUUGUGUUUUUGUGCUUCUGAUUCCGGGGUUCCAUUAGGCAAGAAGCUGCCAAUUGAACAAGCUACAACAUCAAAGAAGCAUGCUUGUAAAUCUACGUACAUACUUAGGAACCUGUUCUUGUUGAGCUGGACUGUGUUAGAUUCUCAGGUACGCAGUCUCCCAUGCCUCUGUUUCCACUCAUCAGGCUGUUCCUGGAAGUUCUGCGAUCGGAGACGACGGUUACUAGGGCUCGACAUUGAGCUUUAGAAUUCUACUAGAAAUGGCUAGUUCUCUACAUUUUUCAAAUCUCCCAAAUCUAAGUCGUCUAACCAAUUUUCAUCCCUGACUCAUUUUUUGGGAAUACCAGAAUCAGCUAUUUAUCUAGUGAGAUAAGCACGGUUUUAUGCGCUUAUCUGAUUGAAUUUGUCUGUAAAAAUUGUGACGGCCGACCACUUUCGAUUCAAGGCUUGGUAAUAUCAAAAGCUUACACUCAUAAUUGCA